AUGUCGGACGAGCCGCGCAAGAGGUCGCGCUUCGACCAAGACGAGCCUGAACCCGCGCGCAAGUCUCGCUUCGACCGCCGCUCGCGAUCCCCCUCAUCCAAGGACACCGAGGCUCGUCGCUCUCGCAGCCCAAUCGCGAAGAGCGUCGAGAGCCCCAGCACGAACAAGAGGGAUGCGGCAGCUGCUGCGGCGGCGGCGGCAGCCAAGAUCAAUGCUUCCAUCAAUGCGAAGAAGGGCGCGCAGCAGGUCGACGUUCCACCCAUUCGCAAGACCGAGUCCCCAGGCGCAGGCGUAGGCGCAGCCAAGUCUCCCUCACAGCCUGGCGGUCCUCAAGAAGACGGCUACACUCAAGACGGUGACUUCAUCAAAGAUAUUGAGGUCAACGACCUGCGCAACCGCUACACCCUCACCAAAGGCAGCACACAGAAGAUGAUUAAAGAAAAAACUGGCGCUGAUGUCACGACCCGCGGAAACUACUACCCGGACAAGAGCAUGGCCACUCCAGCCAACCCGCCCUUGUACCUUCACGUUACGAGCCGAACCAAAGAGGGCCUCGAGAUGGCGAUCAAAGAGAUCGACGAGCUCAUGCAGAAGGACCUCCCCAACCUCAUCGACGAGCGCCGCUUCCGCCGCCAGCGCGAACCCGAGCAAGUCGAGCGCGACCACCUUGGUCGCCGCAAGUGGCCAGAGGAGCGCAUCCCCGUCGACCUCGAACCGAUUCCGGGCUUCAACCUCCGCGCGCAGGUAGUGGGCCAGGGUGGAACUUACGUGAAGUACAUCCAGAGCGAGACGGGCUGCAGGGUCCAAAUCAAGGGCAGAGGCAGUGGAUUCAUGGAGCACGAUACACAGAGGGAGAGCGACGAGCAGAUGUACUUGCAUGUUGCGAGCCCGGAUGCGACGAUGGUUGAGAAGGCCAAGGAAAUGUGCUUACAACUCCUUGAUUCAGUGCGCGAAAACUACGAGUCGUUCAAGCAGCGCCCGCCUCGCAGUGCUGGACCGGAUCAUCGCGGCGGCUUCGACAACCAGCGUAGUGGUAGUAACGGCGGCUACCAAGGAGGCUACAACCAGGAUCGCAACGGCUCGGGCUCUUACGGCGGCAACCCUCAACAAGACAUGAGCGGCUACGGCGGCAGCUACGGCGGCACUCCAUACCAACAGCAACCAGCAUACGGAGCUCCAGCUGGCGGCGCCCAAUCCCCGACGGCCCCUGCGCCGGCAAUGGACAGUACCCAAAUCGCAGCAUGGACCGCCUACUACGCCCAGAACCCCGACGAAGACCCGUACAAGCCGUAUGGAGGGUACGCGUACAUCAUGAGCUACUACGCUCAGACUGGCGCAGUCCCGGCCGGUGGUCAGCAAGCAGGCGGGUACGCUGGAAGCCCACAGCAGCAGAACGGUGGAUACAAUGCUGUACCACCUCCUCCUGGAGCAAGUGAGGCCCCUCCGCCCCCACCGCCGCCACCAGGUACGUGA